AUGGAGCACCCCACUGUAAUCGACCUUACCUGCACGUACCUCAAUCCAGGGAAAUGGAGUGAGGCUGCAAAGAUUCAGGAAGCGGCUCUGGCCCUGCGGCGUGCUGACACCGCAAGCAAAGUUUGUGUUCGGGGUCACGUAUCGAGUAACGGGGAAACAGAAGAGGCAGUGCCCCUAGUUGAAGAGGUGGCUGGCCAUUCGGCGCCAGACAACUCGGGCAAGAACACCCCGAGCACAGGGCAGUCUUGUUACAGUCUACUUCCGGCAAGGAAGCGAUACUUUGGACCUGCCACUCCCACCAUGUGGAACCUGGCCGAAACUUGGCGAGAGCUAAAACGCUUGGGAGAGGCAAAGGAUAUGCAAUGCGACACAUUAGCACUGGCGGUUGCCGAUUUUGGUGCAGACCAUCUGGAUACUCUCCCCGGACAUGGAAGUUAUGCGAAGACAAUUGUAUACCUUGGAUUUAUCGACGAGGAAUUACAAAUACAAGAGGAGGUCCUUCAACAAACUCAUGGUACACUCAGUGAUCAGCACCCGAAUACCUAG